GCCACUUGAUGUUUCAGAAUCGUGGGAUUUUUACAUUUUUAAGUGUUAAAAUGUUUUAACGGAUUUAAUUUUUAUAAGGCAAAUAUUUUUAUAAAAAAAAUACGGAACACUGAUAUCACAAUAAUUAUAGUGCACCUGGGCCGGGAACGAUGUCAAAGUCCCAAGGGAGCUCUGUAGUUUCGGAGAAACGUGUGUCGCAAUGGGAGGAUCUAAUGAGGAAGUUUUCGGAGGCACACAGGGAAGAGUGCAAGUCAGUCUCAGUAGACAUACCACGUGUGCCUCGAUCCGUCAAGCAGUUUCCAACUGGCUCUCAGUAUGAAGGCACUUGGGACGUUCUAGGGAUGAGCGGCUAUGGAACGUACAUUUUUCCCAAUGACGUAAUAUAUGAAGGUGAAUUCUACGACGGCAUGUUUCACGGCAAUGGAGAACUGCGGUACCCGUGCGGCGCCAUCUUGCGGGGCAAGUGGAAGCGCGGGUUGCUGACUGAACGGACUCUGAUGUUCGCUGACGGACUGGAGUACAGUGACGACGACUGGAAGUACUGCCGCAUGCCUGAUAGGAAGUUCACCAUAGAAUAUGAGGAGGGCCUGCAGCCUUCAGGACUGUCGUACCUCACCGCUGACCAGCCCACGCGGGAGAUCCCGCCGGGUUACUACGAUACCGGCGACGGCUUCUACGAUCCCAAGACCAAAGUUGUGUAUAAAGCCACUGAUCUGUCGGCCAUCAUCAGAUCGCCAUCGAUCCGCGAGCAGAAAUGGAUAAUCGAGAACUGCCGCACCGCGCCCGAGAAGGAGUUAGGCCCUCGACAGGACUUGUACGAAGAGUGGCUAGAACCCCAAGUAGAGCCGCAGCCGCCACCGGCACCCUCCGUCGUCACCCGCAUGCCGGUCACCGUCCGCGCCUCGCGGGGGCGCUUCGAGAGCGAAGUGGAUGCUAUGGACGAAGACAUGAUCCGAGAACGAAGCAGGCCAAAGAGGUGGUCUUCCAUGCUCUCUAUGAGAUUUAACAAACGCCCCUUCAUUUAUUACGAAACAUCGGCAAGCAAAAUUGAUCAGGAAUAAUUAUAUUCCAAUGUUUAUGUUGAUUGUAAAUUAAUCUGUACCUAAAUAUGCAAAUA